GUGCUCUACACGCUUCGGGACAAUACAUCGACUCGUGGCCUGACCAUGGCUGUGCUUUGGCUGCACUUGAGGCUGAUAUCAUGGCCAGACUUGCCCCGAAUCGUCAGUGCAGAGCUGCGAGACGAGGCCAGACGGCCGGCGUCUAACGCAUGGCGUCCAGCUGAAUGAUCGGAUGGGAUUGCCAUGAAAGCCCUCAACGCACAUGUCCGACGCCCUGAGGCGUAUUCUGCUGCCGCAAAGGACGUGGCGCGACAUACACAAAAGAAGGCCUCCCUCAUGUUGUGUAACCUUCCCUGACCUCUGUUCCACCUUCGCACUCCAUCGGCAGCGACAUUCGACAAGAUGAGCUGGUUCACUCUGCUCAUGGCAGCGCUUGCUGGCGCGAGCGCUGUCGAGGCCAAGGCUGUCAUGGCACACUUCAUGUUGGCCAACUCCUACAGCUACUCGCUUGCCGACUGGCAAUACGACAUCAAGGCUGCUCAAGAUGCUAGCAUCGACGCCUUUGCGCUGAACAUGGCGUAUAACCCAAGCAGUCAGCUGGACCAAUCUAUUGCGAACGCUUUCCAAGCCGCGAACUCUCUGGGCUUCAAGCUUCUCUUCAGCUUCGAUUAUGCUGGCAACGGCCCUUGGCCAGCAUCUGCUGUCAUCAACUACAUGAAGCAGUAUGGUCCUAACUCAGCCCACAUGACCUACAACGGCAAACCCAUCGCAACAACCUUCGAAGGAACACAGAACUCAGGAGACUGGGCCAACAUCAAGAGUCAAACAAACUGCUUCUUUGUUCCCGAAUGGGCCUCCAUCGGACCUUCCGCCGCAGCUUCAGCGUCUGGAGGCGUUGCCGAUGGCUUGUUCUCGUGGGAGGCCUGGCCAAACGGACCAAAUGACAUGACCACCAGCAGAGACCAGCAGUGGAUUAGCGCUGCCGGUAGGGAGCCAUAUAUGAUGGGAGUGUCGCCAUGGUUUUACGCAAACGUUCCUACGUGGAGCAAGAACUGGCUGUGGCGCGGUGAUGAUUUGUGGUACGACCGCUGGAGUCAGGUCUUGCAGUUGCAGCCUGAGUGGGUUCAGAUUAUCUCCUGGAAUGACUGGCCUGAAUCGCACUACAUUGGUCCUCAGCGUAACGCCGACUUCGGUGCUUUCGCCCCAGGCGGAGCGCCCUAUAACUACGCUCAAGAUAUGCCUCACGAUGGCUGGCGGGCUCUUCUUCCAUACUGGAUCAGCACUUACAAGAACGGUGGCGUCCAGCCGGUGGCCAACGAGACCCUCGAGUACUGGUACCGUCUCAGCCCAAAGAAUGCAUGUGGCGAUGGAGGAACCUCAGGAAACACCGCUAGCCACGGCCAACAGCAAUAUCGAGCAGCCGAAGUCGUGCAAGAUAACGUUUUCUUCACUGCUCUGCUAGACUCGCCAGCAGAUGCGAUCGUCACCAUUGGCGGAGUCAACACCACGGCAACAUGGAGGAACAAGCCAUCGGGCGGAAGAGGGCUCUAUCACGGAAGCGUGCCAUUCAAUGGAAGGACAGGACAAGUUUCGAUCAGCGUUGUUCGAAAUGGCAACACUGUGAUCCAACAGACAGGAAAGCCAAUUUCGACAAGCUGUCAAAACGGCGUCACGAACUGGAAUGCCUGGGUCGGUUCCGCUGUGGGCAAUGCCCCAGGAGCAGUUUCAUCUUCUUCAUCAACAACGACAAGCAGGGCUGCCACGAGCUCCACGUCCACAUCCUCCCUCACCACCAGCACCCGCUCCACCACGACUAUCCCUGCUUCCUCCUCGACCUCUACCUCCACCACGAGUAGAACCAGCACCGGAACAAGCACGUCAACGACCUCCACACGCCCCGCCUCUUCCUCCUCAUCAACCACCAGAAUCCCCAGCUCAAGCAUAACAACAGCACCCACAACAACACCCAGCGGCGCAGCAGUGACUUCCACCCUCACAAUGCAAAUCACCCUAACGCAAAACAUUGUCUGCGUCUGCUCGCCCAAUUGCGCUUGUUCACCUGUCGGAGCACCCGCGGCUAUUGCCCCUGCGACUAGUGCAGCAACGACAUCGUCCACUGCAGCAGCAGCGACAGGAGCCGCGGUGAGCCGAUCACGUUGA